AUGGCUACCACGGCAGUUGAGCUGCAGCCCAUUCCGCAGAAUGCAUCUCUGGCGCCUACCGCUAGCGCGAGACGCGAGGACCCUGCGUCGUCGUCGACAGAAGACAUCUUGGAGGCGUCGCGUGCCGCUGAUGCAGAGGUCCCGGAUGGCGGAUACGGAUGGGUCGUCAUUACAGGCUGUGCUGUAUUGACUUGGCAUUUUGUUGGCACAAGCUACAGCUGGGGCGUGAUUCAGGAUGCACUUGUGGCCAAGGGCUUCUCGUCGCCUGCAACACUGUCGUAUAUUGGCUCCAUAGCCAUUGCGUUUAUAUCCUUCAUGGCCAUCAUCAAUGCUCGUGUGGUCUGCGCUAUUGGGCCCCAGCGUACCGGCGUUCUCGGCGUCUGCUUUCUCAGCUUGUCAGAGAUUCUGAGCAGCUUUGCGCUCAACAGCGUCGCAGGCUUGUUUAUGACCAGUGGAGUUCUUCUGGGGCUUGGAAUCAGUCUGUGCUUCAUUACUGUCUCGGUAACGCCCGCACAGUACUUUAGCCGUAAGCGCGGUCUCGCCAACGGUAUCGUCUUUGCGGGAGGCGGCCUUGGCGGCGCAGUCACUAGUUUCGCCCUCGAGGCCAUGAUCCAAAAGGUUGGGCCAGAGUGGACAUAUCGAAUCCUGGGAGUAUUCACUCUGCUCACCGGAGUUCCUGCCGCGUGGCUUGUCAAGGAGCGUGUGCCACCGAGAACCGCCGGUUUCAUUGACUGGUCGCUCUUCAAGGAUAGCAAGUUUCUUAUUAUUUUUGCUGCAGGCGCCAUUGCUACAUUCCCGCUGCUUGUACCGCCCUUCUUUAUUCCGUUGUAUUCACGAUCCGUCGGCCUCUCGUCGUCUACCGGCGCCGGGCUGCUUGCCGGAUUCAACUUCUCCUCGGCAGUCGGUCGUGUAUUGUGUGGCGUCUUCUGUGACCGCAUCGGCGCUCUCAAUACUCUGUUCCUGUGCUUGGCGCUCAACGCCCUAACUAUGCUUGUCAUUUGGCCUGUGUCGACGUCGCUCGCGUCGCUAGCAAUUUUUGUGAUUAUCAACGGCGUAGCUAAUGGUGGCUUCUUCUCCGUCAUGCCUACGGUGGUGGGCAACGUUUUUGGAUCCCAACGGGUGUCCGUCGCCAUGGGUAUGAUUGUCACGGGCUGGGGAGGAGGGUACCUGAUGGGGUCACCAAUUGCUGGGUAUCUUUUGGAUGCCUAUGGAGGUGCAAGCAAGGGUCUUGACGCAUACCGCCCAGCCAUAUUUUACGCCGGUUCGAUGGCGCUGGGAGCAGCCGUGUUAGUAGGCCUCGCGCGUUUCCGCAUGAGUAAGAUGAAGUGGCUAGUUGCUGUGUAG